GGUUGAGGCCGUGGCGGAGAGCCGGCCGGGGGGCUGCGGAGCUGGAGAAGGCUGAGCUCCGGCGCCCAGGCCUGCGGGGACCCACCGGCCCGCGGACGCGGCCUCCGGCGGGGCAGGAGCCCGGGGGGGACUGCGCAGUAAAUCUUCAUCGCUUUGAACGGGAGAUUUAAGGAAAUGCUGACAGUUCAGAUGAAAGCGGUAUUGUUUAUUUCUUGCUCCCGCAGAGGCAAGCUCCUCAAGCGGAGUUCUCCUGGCAGUGAUUUGGAAAUGAUCCCUAUGAAAGUACUUCUUUUUAAAUCCAUAUUUCUCUUUAGCACUUGUCCACUCAGAAAAACUUACCCUUUGUGUCUGCUGCCUGCCACAGAUCACAAUCUUGAGGCAGGAGGGAAGCUGCCUUUCAGAAUCUCUCUCUCCCUUUAGGUCAUACGUUGUCUCCCACCCACCUCAGUCUGAGGCGCUGAAGUGGUGGUUAUUGACGUGUGGGUUUUUUUUACUGAGCUUGAAUAAAUCUUGUAGGAAGACUGCAAACAGCCACAGCUGAGAGGCAGCUCCCUUCUGCUCUCAGGCCAAGGUUGGCAGGCUGUGUGUAACUGCAGGGGACUUUCAACCUAGGCCUCGCCACAUUAUUCAUGUGUAACACUGCAUAAUGUGAGGGCAGCUCUAAACAACUGCAGGUUAUUGUGAGGAUAAAAAUACCAGUCAUCUUGAAUUACAGCAGAGUUCACUUUUUCUAUGCAGAGUCUGAUGGUUUUUGCCAUCAUAUGUGGCUAAAUGCACAAAUACAUUAGCUCAGAAGAUGUUCCUUCUGACAGAUGACAAAAAUGGGUCAAGGUGUCUGCUGACAGCCUUUAAGGGAAGGGUCCCUCAGGGUAGGCUAUUUUUAUCCUGUUUCUAUUAGCAGAAUUGAUGGAUGUAGUUUGCUUGCACAGCUGGAGUGAGUCCAUGACUGAACAGGCAGGCUGUGGCCACUGGAGUUGCAGUCAGACUGCAGAGGACAGGUAGAAGAGAGCCAUUUGUGCUUCUGCUUGAUUUCUAGUCCCCUGGGGGUUUCUAACAUGGAUAAAAGAAGUAUGUAAAAAGACAACAGAAAAAUUACCUGGGAGCCAAAUUUUAAGUGGUGUAAAAAUGUAUCUUAUUUACAGUCUUUCCAUUGUGAUCACAUAUUGUGAUGUGCCCCUUGCAGUCAGUGUGAGACUAGAAACUCAAGGAUGGAUUAAAAACAGAACAACAUAUGGAAUUAUAUCCUAGUUGCUUGCCAGGAGAUUAAGGGACCUUGAUGACCUGUCAAUUUAGUAAACUAAUCAAGCCUGUGAAGCAGCACAAAGAAACCUGGUAGCAUCAUUGUCUUUGUAGCUUGUAGGCAGUGGCUGGCUGUGGUAACUACUCAAGUAAAAUGCCAUUCAUACUCUUGGGGAAGGAACUGCCUGAAAAAUAAAUUAGUUUUCUAGGUAAUAAGAGAAAUUAUAUUCCCUAUCCCUAGAAAUAACAGUUUAUUUGAAAGUAAAUUGAUUUGCAAUUUACCAGGGAAGAAAAUUAGCCCUUGAAUCAGUGUGGGGUCAGAAGAGUUUAACUGGGACUUGACCCAGAGGAAGAAAGUCUUGUAAAAGCUUAAUUCUGUGGUGCUGCAUAUCUUAAAGUGCAACAGAAAUUAGGCUAAAACCAGAUGAAUGUUAGCAAUACUUAGCUUAGUGGGGAGCAGUAUAGCCAGGAGCAAAAAUCCAUGUGGGGCUUACAAGCCUGGUUAUAAGAAGCGGGAGGUGCACAUCACGAAACACAAGUCCCCAUGGGAGCUCCCCAAAUGUUCUGAAUGCUACAGGGAAAGGCUGUUAGCUGAGGUCAUUAUAAAGCUGUGGCCAACAUGACAAAUCUAGGAGGUGUGUUUUAAGUUCUCCUGGAGUUUGGAGACUUUGACAGUCUUUUGCCUUAGGUCUGUGUUAAAAAUCUCUGCUGGGUUUAAGUAAUGGCUAAACGACUUGAGCUCAGUAAUUAUACUUCAGUCAUUGAAGACUUUGCUGGUCUUCCUCUCCCCAUGAUCAGUCAAUUUUUAGGAAAUGAUUUGUCUAAACUGAUGACUUCUUUGCAUUGUAGGUAAAAGUGUAAUUUUCAAUGUAAUCUGGUAAUUUUGGUAGAAUUUUCAACUAGCUGAAAAUCUGCUCAUUUAUACAUUAAAAAUAACAAGGAAAUGUGCUUCUGUGGUGGUUCAUGGCUAUAUAAUGCACAAUGUGCUCUGCUAAUCAUGGAUUAAUCUCAAAAGUGACAAAGAUGACCCUUAUUUAAUGAGGUUAAAAGACUUGGCAAAGAUCACCCAGCACUAUGGUAAAGCUGCAGACAGUGCUUGCCCACCUUAUGGCAAGGGCUAAGCUGUAAUCAUUAAAUGACAGUUUUAGCAAGGCUAUAAAUAGAUGUCCUUUUGCUGCUUUUAUGUGAGUAUUUUUCUAAACAUCCUGUUUCUAGAGACCUUUUUAAAAUUAAGUACUAUUUUGACUUAAUGCGGAAGGGCUACAGCAUUAGAGUUUAUUUUAGUGGUAUGAAACAUCUUUAAUGUGUUUUGAAACAACAGAGUAUAGUGGAUUGACAUUAUUAGGAGAAUACGCAGAAAUUCUAAGUCCAAAAUAAGUUAGAGGGGGACUUGCUAGAAUGUACAGUGCUGUGUUUUUUUAAGAAAACAUCUUUCAUUAAAUCAGACACCUUGGAAAAAUUAGUACAUCAUAGUAUGAUCAUACCUGGGAAAAAAAAAAAAGACCUUUGGAUACUAGUGAGCAGGUUGUUUGAGCAGGUGUUUAUGUCAGAUUCUCCUACCAGAACUAGAAGUCAGACAUGGAUGUGUGACAAGAUUGUAGCGAAGAAAUGGGGUCCUAAGGCAGGAAAAUCAUGCUAUCAAAAAGCUGAGCUUACUCCUGUUCAGCAGCAGCUGCUGAGUCCUGCCCAGAGGGAAGUGAAAUCCAAGUUAUUUUGGCUUCAAGAAGAGCCAGGGAAUAGAACCCAGGAAGUUCAUCCCAGUUUCAGAAACAAAGGCAGGACAGGCACGGAUUUCCUCUCAGCAGGACGUGUUGCAGAUGCAAGGACUCGGGAGUCCAGGACAAUGGCCUCCAUCUCGGAGCGCACCUUCAUCGCCAUCAAGCCCGACGGAGUCCAGCGGGGACUGGUGGGAGAGAUCAUCAAGAGGUUUGAACAGAAGGGAUUCAAACUGGUGGCCAUGAAAUUUAUACACGCCUCUGAGGACCUUCUGAGGGAACACUACAUUGACCUGAAGGACCGGCCGUUCUAUGACGGCCUGGUGCAGUACAUGCACUCGGGACCUGUUGUAGCUAUGGUGUGGGAAGGCCUUAAUGUGAUUAAGACUGGAAGAGUGAUGCUGGGGGAAACUAAUCCAUUUGAUUCAAAGCCUGGCACUAUUCGUGGUGACUUCUGCAUUCAAGUUGGAAGGAACAUCAUUCAUGGAAGUGAUUCUGUAGAAAGUGCUGAGACGGAGAUCAAUUUGUGGUUCACUCCUGAAGAACUGGUUGAUUACAGAAGCUGUGCUCAUGAAUGGAUCUAUGGCUAAAACUGAGCCUAUACCUUUUAAUAUCCUUCCUGUCUAUUAACACCUGCUAGUCUCUAGCUAUUUCCCAUCAUGUGAACUGAUAGAAACCUGUCUCAGAGAUCUGUGAGAUUGCUCUGUUGUGGAUAAUAAACAUAGCCAGUGUUUGCUGCUGCUUUGGUUAAAAAGCUGUCAAGCUAGAGAUGGAAUUGUACUUAAAAAAAGCUGCUCCUGAGGGUGAGAGGUAUGAGACUAAAGUAAACCAUUAAUUGUUAAUGAUACAGAAUACAUAUAUUUUCCUGAAAAACUCUGUAGUAAAAGAGGAUAUUUUGGUAAAUAGAAAAAAAACCCACAACGGUAAAACUUAUUUGGUGAAUAAAUUUGCAAAUGA